AAUAAAAUAUUUGCAAAGUUAUAUUCUUUUCUUCCUUUAAUUUCUUUACUAUCUAUCUCUCCUAAGAGUUGGCAUUUUCCUUUUCUCUUAUUGUCUUCUUCUUUCUUUUUCUCACCCCCACCUUUACUUUCUACUCUUCUUUUCUCUAUCUUUUGUUUUUGCUCUUCUUCAAUGGCGUCUCUCAGUGAUAUUGGGGUCUCUGCAUUGAUCAAUAUUUUGAGUGCUUUUGCUUUCUUACUGGCCUUUGCUUUGCUCAGAAUUCAACCCAUUAAUGACAGAGUUUACUUUCCAAAAUGGUACAUUAAUGGAGGAAGAACAAGCCCAAGGCGUUCUAGGAACUUUGUGGGCAAGUUUGUUAAUCUCGAUUUUAGGACUUACUUCUCCUUCUUGAACUGGAUGCCUCAGGCCAUGAAGAUGAGUGAGACUGAGAUUAUUAACCAUGCAGGCCUUGACUCUGCUGUUUUUCUCAGAAUUUACAUUCUGGGAUUGAAGAUUUUUCUUCCCAUAGCAGUCACAGCACUGCUCCUACUUAUUCCAGUAAAUGUGUCAAAUGGAGCACUAUCCUUCUUGAAGAAAGAAUUGGUUAUGAGUGAUAUUGACAAGCUCUCAAUAUCUAAUGUACGCCCUAAAUCAGUGAGGUUUUUUGUUCACAUAGGUUUGCAAUAUCUCUUUACGUUCUGGAGUUGUUUAAUGUUGUUCAAGGAAUAUGAUUAUGUUGCAUCAAUGAGGUUAAAAUUCUUGGCUUCACAGCAGCGGUGUGCUGAACAGUUUACGGUAGUCGUACGGAAUGUACCGCAUACUAAUGGUCGCUCGGCAUCCGAUGCUAUUGAUCACUUCUUUAAGACAAAUCACCCGGAUCAUUACCUUUGUCACCAGGCAGUCUAUAAUGCCAACAAAUUUGCUAAACAUGCAAAAAGGAGAGCUCAGCUCCAAAAUUGGCUGGACUAUAACCAGCUUAAGUUUGAAAGGCAUCCAGACAAGAGGCCAACUAGUAAGACUGGAUUUAUGGGGCUUUGUGGUAAAAAAGCUGAUUCCAUUGAGUACUACAAACAGCAGAUUAAGGAUCUUGAUAGAAGAAUGACAUUGGAACGCCAAAAGAUUAUUAAAGACACAAAAUCCAUUCUUCCAGUUGCUUUUGUCUCUUUCAAGUCACGGUGGGGAGCUGCUGUUUGUGCUCAGACACAACAAAGCAGGAAUCCCACGCUAUGGUUAACAAAUUGGGCCCCAGAACCUCGAGAUGUAUAUUGGCGAAACUUGGCUAUACCAUUUGUUUCCUUGAGCAUUCGAAAGCUUGUUAUAUCAAUAUCACUUUUUGUUUUGGUAUUUUUCUACAUGAUACCCAUAGCUUUUGUGCAAACCCUUGCUAACUUGGAUGGUCUUGAAAGAGUUGCUCCUUUCCUCAGGCCCGUGAUAGAAUUGAAAUUUAUCAAGUCAUUUCUACAAGGUUUCCUUCCUGGCCUUGCACUUAAAAUAUUUUUGUACGUUCUUCCAACCGUUUUGAUGAUCAUGUCAAAAAUUGAGGGGCAUAUAGCACUAUCCACUCUAGAGCGGAAGUCGGCAGCAAAGUACUAUUAUUUUAUGUUAGUUAAUGUAUUUUUGGGAAGCAUAGUGACUGGAACUGCCUUUCAGCAGCUGGAUGCUUUCCUUCAUCAACCGCCUACUCAGAUUCCUAGAAACAUUGGCGUCUCCAUACCAAUGAAGGCUACUUUCUUUAUUACUUAUAUAAUGGUUGAUGGAUGGGCUGGGAUGGCUGGUGAGAUUCUCCGCUUGAAGCCUUUGGUUAUCUUUCAUCUUAAAAACAUGUUUUUGGUAAAAACUGAGAGAGACAGAGAGAAUGCUAUGGAUCCUGGCAGUGUAGACUUCCCAGAGACUCUCCCGAGUAUUCAACUGUACUUCCUUUUGGGGCUUGUGUAUGCUGUUGUAACUCCAAUUCUUCUUCCAUUCAUACUAGUCUUCUUUGCCUUUGCAUACUUGGUUUACCGUCAUCAGGUAAUCAAUGUCUACAAUCAACGAUAUGAAAGUGCUGCCGCCUUUUGGCCACAAGUUCACAGCCGCAUUAUUGCAAGUUUAUUGAUAUCUCAACUUCUUUUAAUGGGUUUACUUAGCACCAAAAAGGCAGCUAAUUCCACUCCGUUGCUAGUUGUUUUGCCCAUAUUAACUUUAUCAUUCCACAAGUACUGCAAAAGUCGCUUUGAACCUGCAUUUAGGAAGUACCCUCUUGAGGAAGCCAUGGCCAAAGAUACAGAGGAAAAAGGUUCAGAGGCAGACAUGAAAGCAUAUUUGGCUGAUGCAUAUCUGCACCCAAUUUUCCAAUCAUUCGAGGUAGAGGAAAUUGAAGAAGAGGUGGUCCAAGUUCGAGUAGACAAACAUCAAGCCCAUACUGCUAGUCCUCCGAGUGAACCUGGUUCCCCAAUCAAUUAUGUCCACCAUCCUUCUCCUCCACUGUAUGUUCACCAUCCUUCAUCUCCUCCACAGUAUGUUCAUCAUCCUCCAUCCCCUCCUCAUUACGCAUAUGAUGAAUCCUUUCCACCCCAUUAUGUCUAUGCUGCUCCACCAUCUCCACCACGUUAUAUCUACCACCAUGAAGAGCAUUGAUCUUACCAGUUCUUGUUAGUUUGCUUACAACAAUUUCUAACCUUUGUUCUUGUUAAUAGUUUGUUAACAACUGUAUGUUUUACUUGAGGUCUUGCAUAUUUCAAAUUGUAUAUUAUUACUUUGUCUUUUCACUGUAAGUUUUUUUUUUUUUUUUUUGGUGUAUAAAGAUUGGUUUUUUAAUGUUAGUGCUCCUAAUUAAGCUUUCCGUUAUUGGAUAAA